AUGGUUUUAGAAAAAGGGAACUCAGCUUUAAAACCACGUUCAACUGUAAAUCCACAUCUCCAGCACUUCAACGACCAUGCGAUUUCGCAACAAAUCAAGGCUCGUCUUAAAAAGAGUGAAUCAUCCAUACGACAACCCCAACCAUCAACCUUUACUGCUACCCAACCCCGUAUCAUCCAACGUGAACCACCAGAAGCCGCAUAUUCUCCCGGCAACUUUGUAGCUAGAUAUACAAUCGCGCCGUUGCGGUCCUGCCUUGGGCUCCUCCUAGAAGCUGUGAUCGAGUCUGGCUCGACCGGCGGAAAUCGCUCACAAUCAGCGGCUACGGCUACUAACGAUGAAGCAGAGAGGCCAAAGAUCCCUACUGCAGCCGCUAUGAAUGAUGCUGAUGCAGUGCUGUCUUUGCCAACUGCUUCUCCCACUAAUGGUGACACCGAUCAACACGUGAAACCUACCCCAGAGCUUACAGUGAACAACGUUCCAUCGCAGGUUCCUUCUCUACAUGAAAAGCACAGGGUGGAGCGGGAGAACGAUGGUGGUAAUGACAAUGAAGAUAUAGUUAGUAUAAAGGCGGAUUCAGAGGCGGAAACCAUAAUCCAGUCAGAACGAGAAGAGCUAUCUCCAGAGAAAAAGAGGCGAUUCAUUCAACAUAAACGCGAUAGGAGUCCUGGUAGAACUGAAGACGAUAGAGAUUCAGGAAUCGCGUUGUCAUCUGAAGGUACGAAACCUCGAAAGCGACAGCGGGUGGAAAAUGAUAACGCGAACGAUGGACCCACCGAAUCUCGCGAUGUUAGUGGACGGAUCUCACGGGUUUCAUCUCCCACACAGGAGACGAAACAAAUUCAGGCUGAAGAUUUAGGGAGCGCUUCUGCCAUACGCGGUUCACCACACCCACAAUCUGGUGAUGUUGAAACUAACAAAAGUCGGCCCUCGACAAAGCGUUGGUCAAGCGAGGGCGUGGUUCGAACGGGGGAAGGAGAGACCCGUCGCCAUCGCGACCGUCCACAUAGAUCGGAUUCAUCCCAUAACAAACAUCCCGACGAAGCAUCAAACAUAUCUCAUUCACGACGUAUAUCUAACCAUCGUUCCACAUCACCAGUUUAUCGUUCCCACCAUAGAGUUACAUCUGGAUCUCAGCCAUCUACUGAUACCAAGAAGAGAAGGCGACCACCACCUACACUUGCAACGGGAUCACGCCGCCAAAUAUCAGAGGAUAGAGACUCUGUUUCGUCCUCCGCUAGCGGAUCUCCCUUACCAUCUGCUCGUCUGCGCAAGUCAGCCACGGGUGAACAAUCUGCUAUGUCUCCCGCAAAACAGAUGCAGGCAAAAAAACAGCGAGAUCAAAAUGGCCGGACGAGACUUGCCAGGGCUUGUGCAAUGCAAGAAGUCGAGGCUGCGAAAGCACGCCACGCUGAACGUCCCGAGGAUCUAAACAUCUCUGAUAAUGCGGGGAACACACCACUUCAGAUCGCAGCCCUGGAAGGCUGCGUGGAAAUUGUUAGAUUCCUCAUUGAAGCUGGGUGCGAAAUCGACACAAGAAAUAUCGACCGAGAUACUCCGCUCAUUGAUGCUGUGGAAAAUGGUCACUUGGACGUGGUGAAAUUACUUUUGGAUGCGGGCGCCAAUCCUCGCCUUGGUAAUGCUGAAGGUGAUGAGCCAUACGACCUUGUUCCAUCUGAUAAUGAGAACUAUGAAGAGAUGCGAAAAAUAAUCGCGGAGGCAAAAGCCAAGGGGCAGCGAAGACGAAAGUCUGCGGACCAAUCUGCUCGUGCCACUUCUUCAGUCAGAGAUCCAUCAUCUCGGGGCGCAUCCGCAGCUAGUCCUCGUGAUUCCCCUCCAGUACACUCUCAGCGAAGCCCUCCUCCUGUUGGUCUCGGAGCUCGACGAAGAACUGUGAGGAGUGAAGCAACAAGAAACGAUUUGUUGUGGACGAAGGCAACUCCUGAAAAUCUCCGAGAUUUCGCUGCCAAAGGUGAUAUGGCCGGUGUGGCGAAUAUACUUAACGUGGGGCAAAAAGCUGAUCCUGAGUCGCUGAUUGCUGCUGCGAAAGGCGGCCAUGACGAAGUCUUAGGCAUUUUACUAGGAAUGGGUGACCCGGACCCGGAUCCUGAACCACUACAAACUGGCAAUCACAAUAAGCCGGGCUACAAUACUCCUAUGUUAGCUGCAAUUGGCAGAGGCAAUAUCGCUGUUAUUCAACUUCUAUUAGAUCAACGAGGCUUCGACCCUACACGCCUUGAUCGCCGUGGUCGUACGUACUUUGAGUUGUCCCGGGAACGCAGAGGAGAUCAUUGGGAAAAGGAAUAUGAGCUCUUAAAGCAGGCCUAUGAUAAACAUGUGAAAACACGCAGAACCCGGAAACUGGAUACCAAAUCUCCUCGAAGGUCUCGUGAUAAAGAUGCAGAUGUGAAAAAACAUGCUCAACAAGAGUCACCCUCCCCGGGUCCUUCGUUACAACAAAAAGCUGCUAGAUCUUCGGACCAGAAUCGCCAAAUCAAUCGCUCGCCUCGGGGAAAAGAUAGCGUAAAGGAAAAGAAAAGGCCCGAGGGUACCAGUCACGAAAAAGAAAAACGAGCCUCAUCUAUCGGCAACCGAGCAAAGGCAUCAAAUAAAGGAAUAAGCAACUACCGUGACCAGUCCGCAGUCGGAUCCGAUCAAGAGACACAUCUAGACCGGAAAAAGCUAAAGGACUCCACCCCUUCACAGACCGGGGAAGAGCCUAUUAAACGUCGGCGUCUCAUUGCUGGUCGGCCACCUGACCGCGUGAAGCGGAGAGAGAGUUUGAUAUCGUCCGACUCUCACUCUGGUCGCGAUGAAACCGCCAAACUGCCUGCUGAGCACACAAAUAGCGACGCCAAGCCUACCAAAAAGGCUGGCUCAUUGAAGCGUUCUCGAAGCAGUGUUUCCCCAGAACCACCCCAGGCUCGUGGCCGCCAACGCAAGGAUGAAGAUUCUCGUGAUACUCUAAAGAAGCGGAGACGCGUCCGAUCUGAGGAGAAUGACCUUUCAUCCUCCAAUAGUACGGCAAAGAAAACUCUAGAGUUACCAGGACGGCCUUCGAAAUCCCAAGGGCGGCGGAGAAGCAGUAAUGCCCCGAAGCCAAGCACUGAUGGAACUCGCGAUACUGACAAUCAAAUCGAGAUGGAGUCCUUGGGUACAUCAACGUCUAAUCUGGGACUGUCUACGAUUAAGCAAGAGCAGAGGAAAAACGAGUCUGAUAUAUGCGACAUUCCAAUGGAGGAUGUCGAUCGCGCUGCCCCAGAAGCCAGACAAGUGAAGGAUGCUCAGGAGGCCGAAGAAAAGGAAGCCAGGGAAGCCAAGAAAGGUAGAGAAGCACAGGAAGCAGAAGAAAAACGUAUCGCUGCCCAAGCUGAGCGUGAAAAACAGGAGAAUGAGCUUCGCGAAGCUCAGGCGGCCAAAGAGGCGAAGGAAGCGGAGGAGGCGAGGGAAGCGGAAGAAGCGAGGGAAGCCGCAGAAACAGCGGCCCGCCUUGCUCGCGAGAAGGCUGAAGAAGAGGAGCGAAAAAGACAAGAGCUGGAGCUUCGUCGACUCCGACAAGCGGAGGAAGAGCGCCAAAAGCGGUUAGAACAGGAACGACUUCGUCUUGCUAGGUUGCGGAAGGAACAGGAGGAGCAGGAGCAGCGGCGUCGGGAUGCUCUUCCAAACCGACUUCGUGCUGCGGCAAAUUUUGUUGGCUGCAAUGACCCCAUUUCUAAAAGCCAUGCCUGGCUUAAAAAGUUCAUGCCAGUUGUAACAGCAACUACGCAACAAAUCGAUCCCUGUUGCGACCCCGAGGCGAAAGAUGAAAGAUGGAUUCCCAACUAUCUGAUCGCACCCCUUCUUGCCACUAAUGAUCUUCAGCUUUCGCAAUAUCCGAGUUGGGAAAAACGACCGGCCACUCCUACCCAGAGGAGCAAUCUCUGGAGGGUAACCCGCCGUAUCCUAGUAGAAGAAGGCGAACUCAAUCCCUUGACGAGUAGCUACGAAGAUGUUAAGCGGAAGGUUAUCGAAACUCGACCUAAGUACUUUGCCAUGGAGCAUAUUUUUUGGGUCAAGUAUUCUGAUUUUAUGGAUUUGGUCCCUCACAUACCUCAUUUUCACGGGCUUGAUAUUCAAACCUUGCGAAUGCAUGUUGACCCUGAGCCUGAUGCUGAAACGACCGACAUGAAGUCUCAAUUGUCAAAUGGGAUAAGAUCGGGCACUCCAAACGUAGAUGCUGGAUCAAAAUCCCCCUUAACUAACGGAUUCGUAACAUUAAACGGCCAUGCCCAUUUUUGA